CUUAAUGAAUAACUUAGGACGAGUAGGAGGCAAAUGCUGCCCCAGCUGUUUCCUGUUGAAAAUGUCUGUGUAAUGUAGAUAAAUGUGAGGGAUUUUCUCUCUAAAUCCGUCUCCUGUUCGCUAAAUCUCACUUCUCCAAAACGAGCCUGCGCAAUGGAACAAAGUCGGAAUAUUGAGAUGUGACAUUGCCCGCAUCUCAUCCUCUUUCUCCCCGUUUUUUAAUGACUUCAAACAAGUUCAUUUUCGCCGGGCUUUGACUUGCCGAGACCCGUGGGGAUGUCUAGCGCUCUCUCCUCUCAGUGGCAUUUAUGUGAUGUCUUCAAGAGUGCGAUGUGCUGUAUCUCCUGUAGCCACACCCUCUCACUACUGCUGUGUGUCCUCACCCUGACUCCGACGGCAACAGGGGCGGGACCAGAGACCCUGUGCGGGGCGGAGCUGGUCGACACGCUGCAGUUUGUGUGUGGAGAGAGAGGCUUUUAUUUCAGUAAACCAGGUUAUGGCCCCAAUGCACAGCGGUCACGCGGCAUCGUGGACGAGUGCUGCUUCCAAAGCUGUGAGCUGCGGCGCCUGGAGAUGUACUGUGCACCUGCCAAGACUAGCAAGGCAGCUCGCUCUGUGCGGGCGCAGCGCCACACAGACCUGCCGAGAGCGCCUAAGGUCAGUACCGCAGGGCACAAGGUGGACAAGGGCACAGAGCGUAGGACGGCACAGCAGCCAGACAAGACAAAAAACAAGAAGAGACCUUCACCGGGACAUAGUCACUCAUCCUUCAAGGAAGUGCAUCAGAAAAACUCAAGUCGAGGGAACACGGGCGGCCGAAAUUACAGAAUGUAGGGCCGGAGCGAAUGGACACAUGCCCAGUGACUUGGGGAGAGAGAAGGGAGUGGCCUUACCCGGUGCCCCUGUGGAAUGGUUCACUGUAAAACAAAACAAAGAGGAUGCUAGCGAUGGUUCGAAAAGCUCUUCACAAUGAUUUAAACCUGAGUGCUGAGGGGUUGUCGAAGGGGUUUGAUGAGGGAUCUUGUGAUUAUUUUAUACACUGCACCAUUCCAUAUCGGGAGGAAUUCUUUGUUAAUGCAAUGUAACAGACUAGUUUAGCUGCUGAGACACGAACAAGAGCUUAUUACACCUCCAUGUGUGAGCUUCGCUGCCCCUGGCUCCAGGAAAGGUCCUGGGCGUUAGGCCGUGUCUGACAAUGAGUGGUCCAUCCUGUCGCUUGAACUCUUUGGAGGUAAAUCCGUUUGCUCUGAGAGGUGAUUCUUUCACUCCUCUGAUGAGGCAGGAUAUUCUAUCACCGGCCAUAUUUAACAGUUGCUACCCCAAAAAUAAUAAAAAAUCUGAUUCUCUUA